AUGAGCCCGAAAGAGUUUCAGCAUAUUUACUAUCUGUCGGAUUGGAAGUCCAAUUCGACCUCGACGUACGGCAGACCGCGCAGGGGCCAAUUACGGGCUCUACUUCCGAUUAUCGCAGCCUGCCCAACCUACGGUAUCGCUGACAAGAACCCUAACAACCCCUUUGAUUCCACUGCGAACCAAUUUCGAUCUCGCCUGCGGCUUCUCAAGGCCUGGAUGCUCGCCUUGAAUCGUCGCUAUCAGGGCCCACUACCGACAGAUACGGUUCCGCGGAUUCCUAAGCGUUGUUGCCGAUUUGAUGAAAUGAGCAAUGUUCGAGAACCAUUUUGGGGUUUAUAUGCUCGCGAAGCUGUGUCGUUCAUAAGAGUGACGAUCUACAUCUUUGUGUCUGUGGUAUCUUCUUUCGCCUUCUGUCUUUGCAUUGAUUUUCAAUACGAUGUAUUGUUCCUCUACAUUCUGUAA